ACAAUUUCUCAUAUAUAAAGCCUCCGAAAAUCUACAAAAUUCAUAUUUUCUCACUUUACAAGAUUCAAAACCUCUCGGAAGCGAAAAAAGAAUAAUGAUCUCGCAAAUCAUUUUGCUAUUAACUCUCAAUAUCUUGCCAUUUGUGCUGGUCCAUUGUGGGAGCAAGAAGAAAACAGUGGCUCCAAAACCGGUCGCUAAACUUAUGGCAGCACCUGCUGGAGGAGUCGGAAAAAGCGACUCAUUCGAUUCGAAGAAACAAGACGUUCCAUCGUCAAAGAAGGAUGAACCAGUGGCUCCAAAGAAAGAAGAUGAGGGCAACUACGAGGAGCUCGCCAUCCCACAAUAGUCCUCAAUGUAUCCUAAUAAAUUUUUUGAAAUUCCCC